UGCCAUUAACGUAUGAAGUGGGUUUUUUUUCUCCUUGAACCAUAUACUUGUGGUCACUUGCUAGUUGAGCUAUAAUCACUUUGGUAUGCAUAAAGUGGUUGAAGAACGAUGUAAAUGGUAUGACAAUUUUGUGAGUGGGUGUGAUGGGGCAGCACAUAGGAUUGGGAGUCCUAAGAAGUUAUUGGAUGAAAGUACACAUUAGAUCUUGUUAUCUCUAAUUCCCCUAAUGGUUAUCCUACUUUUUGUCUUUACAUUAGAAAUCAUUUAUCCUUCUUUACAUUUGCAUAUGCCUCACACUCAAUCAUCAAUGUUAUCAUCCUCUCCAAUGACUAGUAACAAGUUUGAGGGAGAUCAUAUUGGUUUGAUGUGGGAGUUUUGGAGCUCAGGGGGAUUGAAAAUUUCUCGCCAAGCUUGUUGGGUCUGUUGCUUCUGCAACUAAAUUGAAGAUAGUUAAAAGCUGGGAUGACUUUGACUCAAAGAGGAGCAUCAGAACAGGGCUUCCCAUGAGCUUUUAUCUAGGAAGUGACCUUCAAGAUCUAGUUGGGAGGGUUUUAAGAUAUUGAAGAAGGGAUUGGUAAUGGGUAGUGAGAGGAGGGAAUAGAUAGGAAGGAUAAGAAGAUUGUUCACAUCAGUCCACAAUUAUUCUCUUUCACAUUUUAAAGAGUUAAAUGCCCCAAAUUAUUAUCUUAAGAUAAAUUUUCAAUAUUUUUUUUGGGGAAAAGAAAGAUAGCUCGUCUUUUUAACAUUGCAGUCUCUACAUAAAAAGGAAUGUAAAUACUUCGUGUUUAUAUAGAAAAGCACAAACAGUAUGUUGGAAGUUCAUAAUCAUCAAUAUUUUUUAACAAAGUAUUUGUAUGGAUUAAGGGUGUGUUUGGUUUAACUUUUUUUUGUUUAAUUUUAAAAAUUAGUCAUUUUGAAAAUAAUUGAAGUGUUUGGUAACUAUUUAAAAUACUUUCAAAGUUUAUUUUAAACUCUUUAUUAAAAGAGUGUAAAUAAAAAUGACUUUUUUCUUUUAACUUAUUUGACCUUCAAGUAAAAGUAUUUAUGUUUAAUCAUCAAUGUUCAAGAAAGGUUUUGAGAUUAUGAAGUUUUUGAGAUUAUGAGUGUAUUAAUGCAAAAUUUGAUAUACAAGAAGAUAGGAAUCUUGGCUACAGCUCGAAAAACUUUGAGCUUCAAUUUUAUAAUUCUAUUUUUUGGAAGUGUCUAUUUUCGUUUCCGAAAUUAAAUUUAGUUUUGAUUUUAAAUUAACUUAGUUCAAAUAGUUUUAUUUAUUUAUUUUAGAUUAGGAUACUUUAUCACUAAAUUUCAGAUUUUAGUUGAAUUUAUGUUUUAGAUUUCGGUUGGUUGUGUGUUGUUAUAUUCUUUAUUUUGUUUUUUAAAAAAGAAAAACUGUAACUUGUGAAUUGUAUAGAUGGUUUCAUUCCAGAUUUUGUUCGAUUCUUGUUUUUUGGGAUUAGAUUUUGUUCAAAAAAAAAAAAAAAAAACUUUGUGCAGUGCACCCAUCUGCUAUACAGUCCAAACUGUACAACUGAAUAAAUCAUACGUGACCUUUUUUUUUUUUUUUGUGUGUGUAGGGAAAGAAUGGGAGCAUAAAGAUUAGGAACCUAUGGAAUAGUUUGAGAGCGAUUUAGGACUUUAGAACAUUGCUUAUCCCCAUGAAGAUUCUUGUGGUUCACUUCAAUUAUUCUAUGGAGCUGUAUAUAAAGUAAUGAUCCUAAGGAACACUUCAAUUUGCAUGUAAAUUAGAGACUUAAUUGCAAAUUAAAGAAGAUAUGAGUUAUGAAGAGAAAAAGCAAGAAGAAAAUGGGUCAAGUGAUGAUGCUUUGCCAUUCCACAAGCUUCUUAGCUAUGGUGAUGCUUUGGAUUGGGUUUUAAUGGCUUUGGGAACUUUUGGUUCUCUUGUUCAUGGCAUGGCUCAGCCAAUUGGUUAUCUCUUGCUUGGUAAAGCACUCAAUGCAUUUGGGAACAAUAUUAAUGACCUUGAUGCUAUGGUUCAUGCCCUCUAUGAGGUGGUUCCAUUUGUAUGGUACAUGUCCAUCGCCACUUUGCCAGCAGGAAUACUUGAAAUUGGGUGUUGGAUGUAUGCAAGUGAGAGACAGACAGCUCGUCUAAGACUUGCAUUUCUACAAUCAGUGCUGACCCAAGAAAUUGGGGCUUUUGAUACACAUCUUACCACUGCCAAAAUAAUCACUGGAAUUAGUGGCCACAUGAGCAUUAUACAGGAUGCCAUUGGAGAGAAGUUGGGACAUUUUAUAUCGAGUGUGACAACUUUCAUUUGCGGAGUUGUGGUCGCCAUUAUAAGUUGUUGGGAAGUGUCAUUGCUUACUUUGUUGGUUGCACCAUUGGUUCUAGCAAUUGGGGCUACUUAUACGAAGAAGAUGACUGUCAUCUCUUCUCUCAAAAUGGGUUGCCAAUCCCAAGCUACAUCAUUGGUUGAACAGUCAAUAUCUCAAAUAAGAACAGUGUAUGCAUUUGUGGGAGAGGGAGGCUGCAUGAAGGCAUUUGAAGAGCAGUGUGAGAAACAGGCUGUGAUAUGCAAACAAGAGGCAUUGAUGAAGGGAGUGGGCAUAGGAAUGUUUCAAACUGCAACCUUCUGUUGUUGGAGUCUCAUUGUAUGGAUUGGAGCUGUUGUUGUAACUGCAGGAAGGGCCAGUGGAGGGGACAUUUUAGCUGCUGUUGUGAGCGUUCUCUUUGGAACAAUCACAUUGACUUAUGCUGCACCAGAUAUGCAAGCAUUCAACCAAGCAAAGGCUGCAGGGAAUGAAGUUUUUCAAGUUAUUCAAAGGAUCCCAACUACAAUUGACAGUUCAGAAGAGAAGAAGAGUACAUUAAAGCAUAUUGAAGGGCACAUUGACAUACGAGAAGUCGACUUUGCUUACCCAUCUCGUCCUCAGAAACUUGUGUUUCAAGGCUUCUCUUUGUCCAUUCCAGCAGGCCAAACCGUCGCCUUAGUCGGUAGCAGCGGGUGCGGAAAGAGUACAGUCGUCUCCCUUGUCACUAGGUUCUAUGACCCUCUUCAAGGAUAUAUUUUCAUAGAUCAUCAGAACAUCAAGGAUCUGAAUCUGAAAUUCCUUAGGAGUAACAUUGGAAUAGUUUCCCAAGAACCUGUACUUUUUGCUGGAACUAUCAAGGAUAAUAUCAAAAUGGGAAAAAUAGAUGCAGAUGAUAAAGAGAUAGAAAAUGCUGCAGUAAUGGCCAAUGCACACUCUUUUAUAUCUAACCUUCCAAACCAGUACCUUACAGAGGUUGGACAAGGGGGAACUCAACUGUCAGGAGGUCAAAAGCAAAGAAUAGCAAUAGCAAGAGCAAUUCUCAAGAAUCCAAGAAUUCUCUUACUAGAUGAGGCCACAAGUGCAUUAGAUUCAGAGGCUGAGAGGUUGGUUCAGGAUGCUCUUGAAAAGGCUAUAAUUGGAAGGACAACCAUUUUGAUUGCCCACAGCAUAUCAACUAUUGUUGGUGCUGAUAUGAUUGCAAUCAUAGAAGAUGGAAGAGUUUCAAAGACAGGAACACACCAAAGCUUGCUAGAAACAUGUUCAUUCUAUAGCAACUUAUUCAACAUCCAUAAUAUCAAACCAGUUCAAGACUCAAGCCAUUCAAAUUCUUUGUCAGAACCAGAGAGUACCCAUCAAGAAGCUCCAUCUUGUGAUCUUGAUCAAGACAAAAAACACAAGCUCAAAAAUUCCAAAAUAGAUUCUCUGAGCCAAGAAGAAGAGAAAGAGAAAUCAAAAGAAAUAUUCUUUAGAAUAUGGUUUGGCUUGAGUAAAAUAGAGAUUAUGAAGACUUGUUUUGGAUCUUUAGCUGCAGCUUUGUCUGGCAUCUCAAAGCCUAUCUUUGGAUUCUUUAUCAUAACAAUUGGAGUAGCCUACUAUCACAAAAAUGCAAAGCAAAAAGUUGGAUUAUACUCCCUCAUCUUCUCUCUAUUGGGAUUAUUAUCACUUUUUACUCACACCUUGCAACACUAUUUCUUUGGAGUAGUGGGAGAGAAAGCAAUGAGAAACCUCAGAGAAGCUCUAUAUUCAGCUGUACUACGCAAUGAAGUAGCUUGGUUUGAAAAACCUGAUAACAAUGUUGGGUCACUGACAUCAAAGAUAAUGAACACCACCUCCAUCAUAAAAACCAUAAUAGCUGAUAGAAUGUCCGUCAUUGUACAAUGCAUCUCCUCCAUUCUAAUUGCCACCACUGUCAGUUUUAUCAUCAACUGGAGGAUGGCUCUAGUUGCUUGGGCUGUCAUGCCUUUCCAUUUCAUUGGUGGCCUAAUACAAGCCAAGUAUGCCAAAGGAUUUUCAGGAGAUUCUGCUUCUGCUCAUCAUGAUCUAGUUUCAUUAGCCUCAGAAUCAGCAACCAACAUAAGAACUAUUGUUUCUUUCUGCCAUGAAGAACAAAUAAUGAAACAAGCAAGAAUGUCAUUAGAAGAACCAAUGAGAAAAAGCAAGAGAGAAAGUAUUAAGUACGGAAUCAUUUACGGCGUCUCCCUUUGCUUAUGGAACAUUUCUAAUGCCAUUGCUUUGUGGUACACAACAAUUCUGGUUCACAAAAGACAAGCAUCUUUUGAAGAUGGUAUAAGAUCAUACCAAAUUUUCUCCCUCACAGUACCCUCAAUCACUGAAUUGUGGACAUUAAUUCCAACCGUCAUCAAAGCCAUUGGCAUAUUAACUCCAGCAUUCCACACACUUGAUAGAAGAACACUCAUUGAACCUGAAUUACCAAAAGGUGAAACAACAGACAAAAUUGAAGGGAGAAUUGAUUUUCAAAGUGUGAACUUCAAUUAUCCUUCAAGGCCAGAAGUCAUCGUUCUUAAAAACUUCAGCUUACAAAUCAAAGCAGGAUCAAGUGUUGCUCUUAUUGGACCAAGUGGGGCAGGAAAGUCCUCUGUUUUGGCACUUUUGCUCAGAUUCUAUGACACUGAAAAAGGCAAUAUCCUUAUUGAUGGAAAAGAUAUAAAAGAAUACAAUCUGAGAAUCUUGAGAAAACAAAUAGGAUUUGUGCAACAAGAGCCUGUUCUUUUUAGCUCCUCUAUCAGAUAUAAUAUUUUCUAUGGGAGUGAGCAAGUGUCUGAAGCUGAAGUCUUAAAGGUGUCAAGAGAAGCUAACAUACAUGGAUUUGUAAGUAGUUUACCUGAUGGAUAUGAUACAAUUGUUGGGGAAAAAGGUUGCCAACUAUCAGGAGGACAAAAACAAAGGAUAGCCAUUGCUAGAACUCUUUUGAAGAAGCCAGCAAUUUUGCUCCUAGAUGAACCAACUAGUGCAUUAGAUAUUGAAUCUGAAAGAACUUUAGUUAGUGCUUUGGAGUCAAUAAACGGAAACAAUGGCUUCAGAACUACCCAGAUUACAGUUGCUCAUCGGCUCUCUACUGUGACAAACUCAGAUGUUAUUGUAGUCAUGGAUAGAGGUGAGAUUGUGGAGAUUGGUUCACAUACCACUUUAUUGACAGCUCCUGAUGGAGUGUACUCAAAACUUUUUAGGAUACAGAGCCUUGUAAAUGAUUAAUAUCUGAAAUCAUUAUACAAAAACGACUAUAUAAUAUACAUUUUGAAAGUACAAUGAUCUAGAACUAAAACUGAGAGUACAUGAAUGAAAAUGACUGUUUUGAAAGUAGUAUUUAAACCUA